UUUUACGCACCUGCGGAUUGAUCAUAAUGUUGAUAUCGAAAACGAGGCCUUCCUUAGCAUUCCACAAACAAAUCUGAUUUCGAUAACAGACAAGAAGUUGAAACUGCAGUCAUGCAGUUGAAACAUUUGAAGAAUGUGCUUCCACCACAGGAUGGAGCUGCAAAAGUAUGUUGUAUUGCUUGGGCACCAAGUAACCAGAAGAUGGCAGUUUGUACGUCAGAUCGAGUCAUCUUGUUAUUUGAUGAACAAGGAGAGAAAAGAGAUAAGUUUUCUACCAAACCAGCAGAUUCAAAGUAUGGGAAAAGGAGCUACACUGUGAAAGGGCUGGCAUUUUCUGGAGACUCUACAAAAAUAGCUGUUGGACAGACAGACAACAUCAUUUUUGUUUACAAAAUUGGCGAAGAAUGGGGAGAUAAGAAGGUGAUUUGUAACAAGUUUGUUCAGCAGAGUGCUGUAACCUGCCUGAUCUGGCCCCCUGACCAACCUAUUGUGUUUGGACUUGCAGAUGGAAAGGUGCGAGCAGCCAACAUAAAAACCAACAAAUCCUCUACCAUCUAUGGAACUGAGUCUUAUGUUGUGUCUCUGGCUUCAAAUCCUUCAGGGAAAGGCUUCCUGUCAGGACAUGCUGAUGGUGCGAUUGUACGGUACUUCUUUGAUGAUGAGGGGUCUGGGGAUUCUCAGGGCAAGAUCAGCACACACCCAUGUCCUCCGUAUGCAUUGGCAUUUUCUCAGAACUCUAUUGUCGCUGCCGGAUGCGACAAGAGGAUCAUCGCAUAUGGACGUGAAGGCCGAAGCUUUCAGCAUUUUGAUUACAGUCGUGAGGAAGAUGAACAUGAAUUUACUUGUGCUGUCUCCAGUCCAAGUGGCCAGUCCAUUGUCAUAGGGAGUUUUGACAAGCUGAGAGUGCUGAAUUGGAGUCCCAGAAGACAGAUGUGGGAUGAACCAAAACUGAAGGAGAUCCCUCAUCUCUACACUAUCACUGCUCUGGCAUGGAAAAAAGAUGGCUCCAGGGUUACCUGUGGUACCCUAUGUGGAGGGGUGGAGAUCUUUGAUUGCUGUCUGAAGAGAACUAUCUACAAGAACAAGUUUGAGAUGACCCAUGUUGGACUUAGUCAGGUGAUUGUGAAAAAUUUGUCCAGUGGACAAAGAGUGGUACUGAAGUCCCACUAUGGCUAUGAAAUUGAUGAGGUUCGAAUCAUGGGCAAAGACCGUUACUUGGUGGCCCACACCUCAGACACCAUCCUACUGGGAGACCUACAGAACAACAAGCUCAGUGAGAUUCCAUGGCAAGGUUCAGGAGGAAAUGAAAAAUACUACUUUGACAAUGAAAGUGUGUGUAUGAUCUUCAAUGCCGGCGAGCUGGCUCUGAUUGAGUACGGAGCCAAUGAGGUUUUGGGGUGUGUGAGGACCGAGUUCAUGAACCCUCACCUGAUCAGUGUGAGGCUGAACGAGCGGAAGCAGAGAGGCGUGGAGGACAACAAGAAGAUCGCCUACUUACUGGACCUCAAGACCAUAGCUAUUAUGGACUUGAUAACUGGAGUGACCAUUGGACAAGUGAGCCAUGAGUCUAAGAUUGACUGGCUAGAGUUGAAUGAAACUGGAAGGAAGAUACUUUUCCGAGACAAAAGGAUGAGGUUAAACCUCUAUGAUAUUGAAUCACAGCACAGAACAACCAUCUUGAACUACUGCUCCUAUGUACAGUGGGUGCCAGGAAGUGAUGUGGUUGUUGGCCAGAAUCGUGGGAACUUGUGCAUCUGGUACAACAUCGAUGCCCCUGAAAGAGUGACUAUGUUCCCAAUCAAGGGGGAUAUUGUUGAUCUGGAGAAGGCAGAUGGUAAGACUGACGUAGUGGUACAGGAGGGGGUCCAGACCGUCUCCUACACGCUGGAUGAGGGACUCAUCGAGUUCGGCACAGCUAUUGAUGAUGGCGACUUUGAAAGGGCUGUGUCGUUUUUGGAGACACUAGAAAUGUCGGCUGAAACUGAGGCCAUGUGGAAAACUCUGAGUAAGCUUGCUUUGGAGGACAGGCAACUGCAUAUCGCAGAAAGAUGUUUUUCUGCACUUGGUGACAUUGCAAAAGCCCGUUACAUGAAAGAGACCUUUAGACUUGCAGAGGAAAUAUCAAAAACCAAAGGAGGAGAUGGUUUUAACCACUACAAGGUCAGAGCAAGACUGGCUAUCAUGGAAAAAAGAUUCAAAGAAGCUGAGAGCAUUUACCUUGAACAGAAUCAUGUGGAUGAAGCUAUGGAGAUGUACCAAGAGAUGCACAUGUGGGAUGAAGCCAUAGAGGUGGCUGAGGCUAAGAUGCACCCAGAGCUCGAGAAUCUGAAGAGGAGCUAUUAUCAGUGGUUGAUGAACACGGGACAAGAGGAGGCUGCGGGAGAACUCAAAGAAAAAGAAGAUGACCACCUAGCUGCCAUUAACCUGUACAUGAAGGCGGGUCUACCAGCCAGAGCCGCCCGGGUGGCCACCAGCAGAGAGGAGCUGAUGUCCAAUUCUGAGCUGAUUUCAAGAAUUGCCUCUGCUUUGAUUAAAGGAGAGCUGUAUGAAAGAGCAGGAGAUUUAUAUGAAAAGAUUAAAGACACAGCAAGAGCAAUGGAAUGUUACAAGAAAGGACAUGCCUUCCGUAGAGCUGUGGACUUGGCUCGCUAUGCCUUCCCUGCAGAAGUUGUGAAACUGGAGGAGCAUUGGGGAGACUACUUGUCCUCUCAGAAACAGCUGGACGCUGCCAUCAACCACUACAUUGAGGCAGGGGCCACAUCCAAAGCAGUGGAAGCUGCCAUACAAUCCCGACAGUGGCUCAAGGCUGUCCAGAUCCUGGAAAUACAAGACUCGUCCAUGUCGGCCAAAUACUACAAACAGAUCGCUGACCAUUACGCCUCCAUUGGUGAAUACGAGAAAGCGGAGCAGUAUUAUGUUGAGGCUGGUUCCACCCGAGAGGCUGUGGACAUGUACAAUAAUGCUGGGAAAUGGGAGAUGGCACAUAAGCUGGCAUCUACAUACAUGAAGUCUGAUGAUGUAUCCACACUGUACAUAUCACAAGCUCGUCAACUAGAAAGUCAGGCAAAGUUCAAAGAGGCAGAAAGGUUAUAUGUAGCAGUUCAGGAGCCUGACUUGGCUAUUACAAUGUACAAGAAGCACAAGAUGUAUGGGGACAUGAUACGAUUGGUGAAGGUCCACCAUCCAGACCUGGUGCCAGACACUCAUCUACACCUGGCUAAGGAGUUAGAGGCUGAGGGAAACCUGCGCCAGGCAGAGCACCACUACCUGGAGGCUGGGGACUGGAAAGCUGCCGUCAACAUGUACCGGUCCCAAGAUAUGUGGGAGGAGGCACACAGGGUUGCUAAGAACAGUGGAGGGGCCACUGCAGCCAAACAAGUGGCCUACUUAUGGGCCAAGAGUCUGGGAGGAGAUUCUGCUGUCAAACUGUUGGCCAAGUUUGGUCUGGUGGAUGCAGCUAUUGAGUAUGCUUCAGAAAACUGUGCAUUUGACUUUGCAUUUGAGCUUGCUCGCCUUGCAAACAAAAACAAAUUACCUGAGAUCCACCUGAAGCACGCCAUGUUCCUGGAGGAUGAGGGGAGGUUUCAUGAGGCUGAGGCCGAGUUCAUCAAGGCUGCAAAACCAAAGGAAGCAGUCCUUAUGUAUGUACACAACCAGGACUGGGACUCUGCCCAGAGAGUUGCCGAGCAGAGUGAUCCUGACUCGGUAGCUGAUGUCCUCGUGGGACAGGCUCGCUUUGCCUUUGAGGAGAAAGAAUAUGCCAAAGCAGAAUCCUAUCUGCUGCGGGCCCAGAGGCCAGAGCUGGCUGUCAAAUACUAUAAAGAUUCUGCCAUGUGGCAAGAUGCUCUAAGAGUAUGCAAAGAAUAUAUUCCACACAAAUUACAACAUUUACAAGAUGAAUAUGAGAGAGAAAUGGCUGACGAAGGAGGCCAAAGUGGAAUUGAGGCCAUGGUGCGACAGGCCCGUGAGUGGGAGUCCUCGGGAGAGUAUGCCCGGGCGGUGGAGUGUUACCUCAAGGUCACUACCAACCUCACUGACGAUAGGAAUGUCCUAGAGAGGUGCUGGAUGAAGGCUGGUGAUAUAGCUGUGAAAUUCUUGGGACAAGAAAGAGCUCAGACAGUAGCUGAGAUUGCUGGACCGAGACUAGCCGAGAUCAGGAAGUUUGAACAGGCUGCAGAGCUCUAUCUGAAUGUUGACCUGAUUAAGGAUGCCAUUGACAUGUUUAUUGCUGCAGAGGAGUGGAACAAGGCCAAGCGAGUGGCAAAGGAGUUAGAACCCAGAUUGGAGGCCUAUGUUGAUGAGCGGUAUAAAGACAGUCUCAAAAACCAAGGAAAGGCAGAGCAGCUGGCCAGCGUUGAUGUUGUGGGUGCUUUGGAUAUGUACAUUGAGAAAGGAGAGUGGGAGAAAUGUUUGGAAACAGCAGCUCAACAAAAUGCCAAAGUUCUGCAUAAGUAUGCUGCACUGUAUGCCACUCAUCUAAUAAAGAACAAUGAUAGCCGGAAAGCUCUGGAUAUUUACGUCAAGUAUGGAGCACCAGCCAAUGCCCAGAACUUCAAUAUAUACAAGAGGAUAUUCAGUGAUGUUAUAAACAUGAGAGGCUUAGACAAACCAGAGGCAUACCACACUUGGGGGGAGCUCAGAGAUGUCAUGUUUGACUUGGUUGACAACAUGAGUAAGGGCUCAGAUGCCAACACCCCUCCUCAUGCCGAGUUUGAGAGUCUGUUGUUGAUUGCUCAUUAUUACGCUAACCGGUCGGCAUUCCAGCCUCACAAAUCCCUGGAAGAAUUGGCCACAAAAAUAGCCAUCAGCCUACUGAGGCAUACCGACAUCAUUCCAGCAGACAAAGCCUUCUACGAGGCAGGAAUGAUGUGCAGGAGCGUUGGAUGGGAGAAUGCAGCUUUUGUUUUCUUGAACAGAUAUCUAGACAUCUCUGAGGCUAUAGAGGAAGGGUCUCUGGACAUGUUAGAUCACAGUGAUUUUCAGGAUACAGACAUUCCAUUUGAAAUCCCUCUACCAGAAAAGCCGUAUUUAACUAACCAGCAGCAUGAGGAAGUCAAGGAGUGGGUGUUGGCCGUGUCUAUGGAUCAGAAAGUGGAGCAGGUGCUCCCCAGGGACGAGAGGAACUGUUACGAGGCCUCCCUGAUAGCUCCAGACACCGGCAUUCGCUCUCAACCAUGUGUGGUCACAGGAUAUCCUGUGUUGAAAAGUCCAAUGGAAUUCAAAAGUCCAGGCAAAGUAGCUAACAAGGAUGACUGGAAUAAACUCAUCAUGGCUGCAAAGGUAUCUCACAGUCCCGAGCUGAACGAUGUGCUGAAGUUUAUUGGUGUGUGGUGCGGAUCCACACCAAAUCCCAGCUACUCAUUCCAGUAAACAUGGACAUUAGUGCUGAACAAAAGAGGACUCUGUGAUCUACUGUUGUGUUUCCGUCCGUUAUUAGUGAAUUUAUUAUGAAGAAUAAAUAUAGUAACUCAAUUAAGAUUUUUAGUUCUGUUUUUUAAGGUUUUGGAGCAGAAAAAAAUUAUUGUUCUUAUGCACAACCGCAUUAGGUCUUACGUGCUCCAUUGAUUAUUUGUAUUGUCAUUUUGAAAAGGGGAAUAAUUCAAUGCAAUAAAAAUUAAAAUAAGA